GCGUCGGGGGGCGGGUGGUAAAAUGCGGCGUGGCUAGGGCGGGCAGCAGCUCUUCCCCUCACCGGCGGGUUCCCGGCAGAAGGCAGGUUCGCCUCUCCCCCCUCGCAAAGGUGAUUUUGCCAAGGCUGAGGCAUGGAAGAAGAAGAAAUGAGUCGCUGCUGUUCGUUAUACUGAGGAGCGAGGCGUGGGAGCUGUAGCAGAGAGCGGGGUGGUCUGCAUCGUGUCCUGCUCGCAGGCACUCGGGCGGUGAGGUGGCAUCGGGAGAGGAAAAGCAGAGUCCGAGCUGACUUGCGGGCAGGGGCAGUGCUGUCUGUAGCUGUUCUAGCUCAGCGUUGUGCCUGUGGUGCAGAAGCAAGCGUCAGCGUUGCUUCUGUCUCUUCAGCACCUUCCCAGUAGUCAAAACUAAAACAGGAAGCUAAAGGUGAACUGACAAAAAUUCCGCAUUCAAGGAGCCCCACGGUGGUCCAGCCACUCGUCCCCUUACUAAAGGGACGCAUCUCCCCCCUACCAAGGCUCAAAUACAAUGGCCCGUUUUCUCUCCACAGCCCUUGCCUUCCCACGCCCCUCAGUAGAGAAAAAACACAAAACGAGUUCCAAGCUUUCGCAAGUUACUGAGAACUAGUAAAAUAAAACUUGACAACAAAUUAAAGAAUAAACAGUACAAGCAGCAGAGUGCUGCUAAGAAGUAUCGAAAAGAGCAAAAGAAGUUAAGGGAGGCUGUCAGAGAUGCUAUCUCUAGAAAACCUUUUCCAUUGGAAGAAUGCAAGAGAAAACAAGUUGUUGGAAAACAGGAAGAAGAUGAGGAAGAAGAUGCUCUUCCACUGGACAUGAUGGAUGAAGAUGACUUAAAAUUAAUGGAGGAUUUGGCUCAAAAAGCAUCCUUUUUAACCAGAGAUCUUUCUUCUAAUGAACCUGUUCACGUCAAAAAACGAAAACAUGAAAGUGUGAUUGACAAAUAUGAGAAGGUGCCAAGACGCAUGCAGACUGAGCCAGAAAAAGAAGUCAUCCAUCUGCUCCCCAUCAAAGACAAGGGUGGCAUUAUUCCCCAAACUAUGGAAAAACCAGUUCUCAAUGUUGCACAGGAUGAAGAAGAGGAUACAGAAGAAAUGGAGGAAGAAGAGGACUUUAAUGAAGAACCCCUGCCUGUUCUCACUCCUGAGGAAAUGGCUGCUCAAAGGAGACAAAAGCUGCAGGAAAGGAAGAUGCACAUAGCUGCCUUAGCAUCUGCCAUUCUCUCUGAGCCAGACAACAAUAUUAAAAAGUUGAAGGAGCUGCGUGCCAUGCUGAUGGAACAGGAUCCUAAUGUGGCCGUGAUUGUUCGGAAGCUGGUCAUGGUUUCUUUGAUGGAGGUUUUCAAAGAUAUUGUGCCUUCUUACAAAAUUCGGCCUCUGACUGAAGCAGAAAAAGCUACCAAGGUUAAAAAAGAAACUCAGAAACUGAGAGAAUUUGAAGAAGGCCUUGUAAGCCAGUAUAAGUUUUACUUGGAAAAUCUGGAACAAACAAUUAAAGAUUGGAAACAAAGGAAGUUGAAGAAAAGCAAUGUCAUCUCAUUAAAAGCAUAUAAAGGUCUAGCAGAGAUAGCAGUGAAGUGUCUGUGUGAGCUGCUUGUGGCCCUACCCCACUUUAACUUCCACAAUAACAUUAUCGUUCUCAUUGUUCCACUCAUGAAUGAUGCAUCAAAAAUGAUUUCUGAACUGUGCUUUGAGGCAGUUAAGAAGCUCUUUAAACAAGACAAGUUGGGCUAUGCUUCACUUGGUGUAGUUAAGGUCAUUUCUGGCCUUGUGAGGGGUAGAAAUUACGAUGUCAGACCUGAGGUGUUAAAAGUAUUUCUUCAUUUAAGAAUUAAGGAAGUAGAAUUACAAAAAGAUUCCGAAGACAUUGCACCAAAGAAAAAGUUCAUGACUUACAAAGAGAAAAGAAAAAAUCUUUCAAGAAUGCAAAGAAAGUGGAAGAAAGCAGAAGAGAAACUGGAACGAGAGCUGUUGGAAGCAGAAGCGUCAGAAAGUAAAGAAAAAAAACUGAAGUUGCACACAGAGACCUUGAAUAUUGUGUUUGUAACUUACUUUAGAAUCUUGAAGAAAGCUCAGAAGUCUCCACUUUUGCCAGCUGUGCUAGAAGGUCUUGCAAAGUUUGCUCAUCUGAUAAAUGUGGAAUUUUUUGAUGACCUGCUGAUUGUCCUUCAUUCUCUUAUUGCAUCUGGGGGUUUAAGCUAUCGUGAGAGUCUUCAUUGCAUUCUCAGUGCUUUUCAUAUACUCUCCGGUCAAGGUGAUGUUCUUAACAUUGAUCCGAUGAAAUUCUACACACAUCUUUACAAGACACUGUUCAGCCUACAUGCAGGUGGUACCAAUGGUGAUACAGAGAUUGUGCUCCAGUGCCUGGAUGUCAUGUUUGCCAAGCGGAGAAAGCAAGUUUCUCAGCAACGAGCUCUUGCUUUCCUAAAGCGACUUUCCACACUUGCUCUUCACGUACUUCCAAACUCCAGUGUUGGCAUCUUGGCAACAAACAGGGUGUUAAUGCAAACUUUCGCAAAGAUGGACCUCUUACUAGACAACGAAUCUCAAGGCAGUGGAGUUUAUCUUCCAGAACUAGAUGAACCAGAGCAUUGCAAUGCUCAGAACACAGCUCUGUGGGAGCUGCAUUUACUGCAGAGACACUAUCAUCCAACAGUGCAGAAAUUUGCAGCUCACCUUAUUGUUGGAGCUCCAACUGAAGGCUCAGGAGCUCUUUCACUUGAUUUGAGCCAAAGGCCUGCUACAGAACUUUUUGAGGCAUACAGUAUGAGAGGAAUGACUUUUAAUCCCCCUGUUGCGUCAGUAACACCCAGAAGAAAGGAUACAUUCUCACAAAUGGAUUCAUUUAUAGAUGAAGAGCUAAACAAACAGCUUCAACAACACAUCAGUGAGACUGUUGUUCACAAACCCUUGGAUUUUGCUAAGCACUUGAAGGAAUCAUCCUUUUCGUAAAUGUAUCUAUCAAUCAGUAGUGUUCAGUUGGCUUCUUAAUUAUGGAGGAAGAUUGGCUGAAAGAGAUUUCCACUCAUCAUUAAAGGAAUUCAAGUAGCCUUUUGUUUGAAUAUAGAAACACACAAAAAAUGUAACAGCUUUUUUUCACAUGGAGUUACGAGGCCUCUCCACUUAACCACCAAGCCCAUGUGCUCACGCUUGGGAACCACAAUGAACAUUCACAUCAGUAAUUUAAAAAGACACAAAACCAGGUCAUUUUAAAAUUGUUUUAACCAUGCAUUAUAGUAUUUUUGUUUAUAUAUUUUCUAAUUUUUAUAACAGAAUAUAGACAUACGUGUUUCUGAAAAAUCACUGGGUUAUGUUGAUAAAUCAAUAAAUAUAUUGGAAAUUUUAACAUAA